AGCCAACGUUACAGCCUUAUACAUGAGCUUCUUUAUUCCUGAGGGGUUUAUUAAUCAGUUCGGUGUAGUAUACCUAGGCAAAAUUGCGCAAAUAGGCCGGUGAUAGGACUUUGUACCCAGUUACUUCCUGGCUGUCCCCGACUCAUCCUUUAACUGUAAAUAAUUCUUCUUCUUUUUUACACAUAUGUCUUGCCAUUGACAAAUUUAAAGUUCAUAUGUUUAAGCCUAUGGGCUAUCACUAUAGAUUGUCCUAUUCCCAAUUGUUAGUUUUAGGGGUCUUGACCGACUUUAUUCCGGCUGGUCUCCGCAGCAAGUUGGCGUAAAGGUUACUGCAGACCGUUCCCUAGCUGCUUUUCUUCCGUGCGGCCACCCGCUUGCUACAUUAGUGAGACGCCCAAAUGGCGGGUCGUGAAGAUGCAGAAAAUGGGCUUGGCGAGGACAGGAGAGAACCCGAGCGUAUAGAGAAGCGUGAGAUGGAAUCGCGCGAGGACUCGAUUGAGGAGAAGCAAAGCCGGCAUAGGCGUCUAAGCCGCUCGAGCCGCGCAUCGAAUGCCUCUGACGAUACAGACCCAUUGUCGCCGCUGGAGUUGGCAAUCUCACCUGGAAUUCAAGUUUUCGAAGAGGUCGUUCGUGUACGUACGGCGACUAGCGUCGGCACCUCAGCGUCGCGGCUCCCAGACUACGAAGUUGCAUUUGAGGAGAACGAUCCGGAAAACCCUCGGCAUUGGCCUUUAUGGUACCGGUCGUUUGUUAUCUUCGCUAUUAGUUUUUCGUCGUGGGUAAUCGUGCUUUAUAGCACCAGUUACACGGCGUCGACCCCUGGUUUAGUAGAAGAGUUUAAUUCUUCUACCACUAUUGUGACUCUCGGCGUUACCACAUAUAUGUUCGGUCUUGCAACAGGUAGUCUGCUCGUAGCACCUGCAAGUGAGCUCUAUGGACGUAGGCCCGUGUAUAUCGUUUGCUUGAUCUGCUUCGCGGCCAUGGUAAUUCCAACCUGUCUAGCAACCUCGCUAGCCGAGAUUCUCGUGGUCCGAUUCUUCGCGGCGAUGUUCGGGAGCGCGAUGAUAGCUAACAGUCCAGGAACUGUUGUGGACAUCUCGACGGAAGAAACUCGCGCCCUAUUCAUGUCGUUAUAUUCAACCGCCCCAUUAAAUGGCCCGGUGCUGGGCCCUGUGAUCGGCGGCUACGUUUUCCAAUAUCUAGGAUGGAGAUGGGAUAACUGGCUUGUUCUUAUACUUGCCGGGGUCGGCAUUUUCUUCAUGCUCUUCACCAAGGAGACAUAUGCUCCUAUAAUUCUCCAAAAUAGAGCUGCAAAAAUGCGCAAGGAAACUGACGACGAAAGAUGGUGGUGUCGGUACGACCAGAAGCUGUCUAAAGCGGCACUUGUAAAGGUUUGUCUGUUAAGGCCCUUCGAGUUCUUUAUUAAAGAACCCAUCCUAUGGUUUUUCAACGUCUGGAUCUCCUUAAUAUACGGGAUUCUCUACCUCUGCUUCGUCGCCUAUCCCAUCGUAUUCUCCCAACACCGUGGCUGGGGUCCAGGCACUUCUGGUCUUGCAUUUAUUGGAAUUGGUAUCGGUUGUACAUUCGCCAUUGUCGCCGAACCCCUAUGGCGCAAAAUUAUCAACUCUCAUCCCAAGGAUCCCGCUACUGGGCGCGCACCUCCUGAAGCGACUGCGCGUGUUAUGAUUAUUGGUGCGAUACUUGUUCCCAUCGGCCAGCUCGUCUUCAGCUGGACAUGCCUACCUACGACUAUUCAUUGGGCUAUCCCUAUCGCCUUUGGUAUUCCUUUUGGUGCAGGCAACACGCUAAGCUUUAUCUAUGGCUCUAACUACCUAGCUGGCGCGUAUGGUAUCUAUGCUGCGUCUGCAUUAGCGGGUAAUGCCGUAACUCGUAGUAUAUUUGGUGGUACCCUGCCUCUUGCUGGACCCGCCAUGUAUGCAAAACUUACUCCGCAGUGGGCUGGUACGCUCUUAGGUCUAUUAGAAGCGGCCAUGAUUCCUAUCCCCAUCAUCUUUUAUCGAUACGGCGAAAAGAUCCGCUCCAAGAGCACCAUUAUCCGACAGAUGCGUGAGGACCAGGAGAAAAACGAACGCCGGGUCGCAAGGGCAAAGAAAUAUAGAGAGAGACUUGAAGCUGAGGAUAAUAAUGACGCGCCAGCUCUAAUGAAAGAGGUUGGUGAAAAUCCGGAAGACCUAGAGAAAGGUGUUAUCAGGCCAGCCGCCACGGUUACAUCGGCCUAGUUGGUGUACGAACCUCCUGUGCGGCAACGUAUAAUCCCACGAUUAUAUAUCUGGAACGCGUAAUAUGAGUUAUAUGGCGACUACGGAGACGAGUUAAGAAUAGCAUGCGUUGAGAACAUUUUACGGAAUUGGGAUGGAGAUAUAGAGUAGACAGCCUCCAGGUGCCCUAAAAGGCUGUAAUUCUUUACUAUAACUGUAGGUAUAUAUAAUACUUAGGCAUGUCUACGAGCGAUAGUUAGAUCUAACACUAAUUAUUAGUUUUAAUAUAAUAACGAAUAGACUUGCCCAGCGUCUAGCCUAUCCAGCAUAUCUUCAAGGCCAGGAUUCUAACUCUGGGGGAUAGACGACGAUCUUAUCAAGAUCGGCACCCUUGUAUUGAAACCCGUUGUAUAGACCACCCACUGUGAUAGUGUUAUUCGAUCCCUCCUCUAGAGUUAGUUGGAGCGGCGUCGACAGGAUGAUUCCCUUGUGGGUAUCCCUCUGGUACAGUGUCUCGACGUUCUCCGUUUUCCCGUUCACGACAACGCUGGAAAUGCGGCGGAGCUGCCAUUUGCCACCAAUUCGAUCUGGCGAGCCGCCGGGUUGAUCUCCGAAGCCCAUGUCGUCAGUGUCUUUGUCUCUGUUAGAAUAUGACCGUAACUUGAUGUUGGCAUGAGGUACUCACUCUGGUAGUGGAACGAAACCCAU